UAUAUACAUACUUCUCUUCUUCUUUUCCUCUAGAAGAAGAAGAAUGGCAUCAAUGUCGGCCUCAGGUUCAUGGAGUGCUAAGGACAACAAGGCCUUUGAGAGGGCACUGGCUGUCUAUGACAAGGACACUCCUGACCGUUGGAAUAACGUCGCCAACGCUGUUGGUGGCGGCAAGACCCCGGACGACGUCAAGACCCACUAUGAGCUUCUUCUUCGAGAUAUUAAGUUCAUUGAAUCUGGCCAAGUUCCAUUUCCGUACAACAAAAAUCUUAAUCCAACCUCUCAACAAGAACAUGACAACAAUAGGCUUAAGAAUCUAAAGCUAAAUUAAUGUCCGAACACUGUCAUCAUCAACCUCAAAUUUCCGACCGAUUUUCGUAACCAGAUACCAUUUCCCAUCAUAUAAAAUCCGUAGUAAUUAAUAUUUUAAUGUCAGAAAAUGCUAAUACAGUGGCAUGAGAAUAUAUAUAGAUAUAUAUAUAUAUAUUACUUAGUUAUCAUAAAAAUCAUAUAUAUUCUAUGAAUCCCUCUUUGUAUUUUUAUUUUUCUAUUGUUCAUGCUGCCAACAAAAAGAAUGAAU